AUGCUGGGUGUGACUCCAUGGAGUUGUCCAGAGGAUUUCUGGUCGAGCCCCCAGCGUGACCACUGUGUUCCUAAGAAAACUGAGUUCCUCUCCUAUCAAGAGCCUCUGGGUAUCUGCUUGACAACCGCCUCAUUGCUGGGCACAUUUAUCUGUGCAUUUGGGAUCAGCUUUGUACUUUGUGUGUCAUGCAUCCUGGUUAAAACCAUGGUGGUUCUGGCAGUGUUCAAGGCCUCCCAGCCAGGAGGAGGAGCCAGCCUGAAGUGGUUUGGUGCUGUGCAGCAGAGAGGGACAGUUCUGGUUCUUACUUCUAUUCAAGCAACAAUUUGCACUACCUGGCUUGUCUCCUUCUCACCAGUGCCUUAUAAAAACACUCAAUACUACAAUGAUAAGAUAGUGUAUGAAUGUGUAGUCGGUUCUACAAUUGGUUUUGCAGUGUUAUUGGGUUACAUUAGUUUACUUGCUAUCCUCAGCUUCCUGUUAGCAUUUCUGGCAAGGAAUCUACCAGACAACUUCAAUGAGGCCAAGCUCAUCACUUUUAGCAUGCUGAUCUUCUGUGCUGUGUGGGUUGCCUUUGUUCCUGCUUAUGUCAAUUCUCCUGGCAAAUAUGCAGAUGCAGUGGAGGUAUUUGCCAUCCUGGCCUCAAGUUUUGGCCUUUUAGUGGCACUGUUUGGACCCAAAUGUUACAUAAUCCUGCUGAGACCUGAGAGAAACACAAAGAAAGCUAUCAUGGGUCGAGGUACCACAAAGUCAUAAAGCAGCACUUAUGAUACUAUCUGUACUUUACAUUCCUUUAAGAGUGAUCUACUUUUUAUUGUUCUUUUAACU